AUGGCAUAUAAUGCAACCGAGUUUAUGAAGACGUAUCCGGGUCAUAACUAUCUUGCUGGAAUCGUUCACGUUGGAAGUUGGAUCAGUCAGUUCAUUGGUCACGGAUUUUGGGAGAAGAGAAGCCCCGCUUUGAAGGAUAAUAUCGCUCAAGCAUUGCUUCUCGCUCCUUUGUUUGUAUGGCUUGAAGUUCUGUUUGCCGCUGGAUAUCGACCUGCUCUACAGAAACGUGUAAAAGCCAAGGUUAAUGCUGCUAUUGCCAAAUUUAGGUUAACGCAAACAAACGAACAGUGA